AUGACCUUAUCAAGUAUUUGUCGUUCAGUUGUUAAGUUUUAUUUUAAUUGUCAUCAUGUUGAAUCGUCCUCAUUGUAUGUCCAUUCAGCGUUUACUCGUCGUUUACAAUUUGCUUGUCGAUUAGUAUCGACAUUUCUCAUCUGUACUUUUGUGGGCUAUGGUACACAAUUAUCGACUCAUUUAUCACAUCAAUUUAUGAUACCAAAUUCAGGUGUUAUAUGUAUUCAAGAAACAUUUGGUCAUACAUUAUCUACAGCACUUCAUGUCUCACUUGCGAUUAUUCCAUUAUCAAUUAUUCUUUUUAUUAUUCAACAUCUUGUUGUAGUAUAUCACAAUUAUCCAAUUGGCAUAGUAUUAAUACUCUCUUCUUCGUUUUGUAUUUCAUAUAUGUGUAAAACGUUUCAAACAAGAAAAUUAACUCUUUUAUUUAAUGCACUUUUUUUCCUGACUAUUUUCAAUAAAGAAAAAGUUGAUUCGAAACUUGCUUUUCAACUCGUUGCUAAUUAUAUUAUUGGCAUGUUCGUGGCAGUACUUGUUUCUAUGCUCAUUUUUCCUCUUUUUGCCACAUUUGAUAUCGAAAAUCGUGUCAAUUAUUGUUUAUUACAUAUUGAUCAAAUGCACCAAUUUGUUUUGCAGGCAUUCCUAUGCGAAGACGAAAUCAAAGCGCAAGUAUCUUUAGCUCGAGCAAGAGUUGUUGAACGACGAUUACAUAAAACAAUGAGUCAAAUGAGAACAAGAUUACUUGAUGAAAUUCAUCUAGAACCGUCUCGAUUAUUACAACGGAUAUGUCGUCGACGAAAAAAAACGAUUACUCAUUUAAACGUUAAAGAACAAGCAGAUUUAGUUAUUUCAUUGAUGUUUCAUGUUUGUUCAUUACAAUCGAUGACCAAUCAGUGCCUGUUUAAUAGAUAUCAUAAGAAUUUAGUGGAAAAACUUCAAUCGAACUUCGCGGAAUUUAGUACUUGUCAAUCUAAGGUUAUUUCUGCUCUUAUCUUACCUUCAUCGAUUACUCGAGAAGUGUUCCUCCAUACUCUGAACAAUCUCCAAGCAGCAUUAGAUUCUAUGAAUUCAAUUUAUAAACAAGUUCGCAUUGAUCAUAUUGAAGAAAUGAUUGAAACAGGUGCUAAGAUUCAAUCAGAAGAUCAUCUUUCGCACGCUUUUUUCUUCUUUCAAUUGGGUGCUAUUGUACGAAUAUUGAGACAAACAAUGGUAAUCGAUUCUGAAUUAGACACAACAAAAAAAACCAUGAAACAAAAAAAAGGAUUCGGAGAUUAUUUCAAAUUUCAGCUUGAUUGGUCAAGAAUUUCUUCAGCAAUUAAAAGUAUGAUCAUCAUUGGUGUUGGUUCGAUAUUUGUCAUGGUACCUUCUCUAGCCAAUACCUUUGCUAAUGGACAAUGGAUAUUGAUCGGUCUGUGUACGACCCAGGGUGAUACAGUAGGUGGUGCAUUAACCUCGAUGAAAAUGAGAUUAAUUGGAAUUUUACUAGGUUCGAUGUGGUCCUACGCAAUUUACUUAGCAGUCGGUGAAGUUUUAUAUAAAAUAUGUGUAAUGCUUGUCCCAUGGCUUUUUCUGUUUGGUUAUUUAAAACUGGUAUCACAUUGGGACUUUUUAGCCCCAGUAGCUGCUACAACUCCAAUCCUGAUUAAUUUAGGUCAAACGUAUGGAGAUGUUUUACGAGAAGGAAAUUAUGUUCUUCUGCGAAUAGAAGAAACUAUUAUUGGUAUUGGUUUGGGUGCUAUUCUGACCAUAUUGAUUUUUCCGACCUUUGCAGUGGAUAUGUUAAAAAAAAAUAUUCAAGAUACAUUGAAAACAUGUUGUCAUGCUGUCGAAUCGAUUCAUUCUGUUUACGAUCACUUAUUUCAACAGCAAGAUUCCAAACAACAAUCAGUUGAUGUUGAUCAACAUGAAGAAACCAAAUUCAAUAUCGACCCCGAACGCAAUCAUUUUCAUCGACUGAUCACUUCUCAACGAACUCUUGUUCAAUCCACAGCAUUGGAACCAUCAUUCUUAUGGUUUAAUUAUGGUUUUUCGUCCAGUCGAUAUCAUACUUUAGUCUUACAACAACAUGAUAUGUUUAGAAUUUUACACAGUAUGCAUGCUACAUUAAUGUAUAUCAAACAAUACUCAUUGAAUGAUCACAAACAAAUUGAAGAUCUUCGUUUAAAUAGUACUGAUGCACAAAUCUUACUAGAUCUUGACGUUGAUUUAACAGAUUUAAGUCGACAAUUGAAUGAUUGUGUUAAUUUAUGGAUAUCUUAUUUUACUCUGACAAAAACAACAUAUUAUCGAUGGAGUCAUAUCCAUAUUCUACGUAAAAAAAGUAAAUUAAUUAAAGGAGAUUUAUCAGCAAAUGAAGAUUGUCUGAUUGAACUUCAUCGAACGGUUCUUCGUCUUCAGACUGAUUAUCAACAGGCAAUGGAUCGUGUUACAGAUUAUUAUAUCGAAAAAUCGGCUCAGAAAGAAGAACCCUCCACAUCUGUUCCCUAUGCGCAUAAUGAUCAAGCUGACUCUAUUCUUGUCACUGUUUCGGCAAUGUACUAUUCAACAAUACAAUUAGUACAAGUAGUAAUGGCUCUUGGUACAACAAUUCAUACUAUUUUCGAACUGGAGACAACAAAUGUCUAUCGAAAUUUCUAA